AUGGCAGGGGAUGUCACCUACGCGGCCGUGGCAAUGCUGCCGAGGGAAAGGCCACACGCUCCUUCAGAGACAUCAAACCCAGGAAACACGAUCACAUAUGCUGAGCUGCAUGUGAAGUCCCAACGCCAAGGGAACAGCAGAGCAGAGACUUCCACUCCUGGCUGCCAGCACAGGUUCUCAGCCUGGUUCUACGUGGCGCUGGUCCUGGCAGUCCUCGUGCUCAUCCUGCUGGGAGUUGUGGCCAUACAAGCCAAGCAGUUUUUGAAGGGCAGAGCAGGAAAAUCAAAAAGUUUGCCUCACUAUGGUCUGAACAGCACCAGCAAUGACAUUUCUUCAGAGAGGACUGUCUCAGCAGCGCUCCUGAAACAGCUCAUGGAGGAGCUGUGUGAAGAUGGACAGGGGGCAACAUGUGAGCUGUGUCCCCCCGGCUGGCAGCUGCACAGGGGCAGAUGUUACUUCUUCUCUGAGGAGGCCAGGAGCUGGGAGGACAGCCGGAAAAACUGCUUGGCCAGGAAGUCCCAGCUGCUUGUCAUUGAGGAUGAUGUUGAGAUGGAAUUUAUAGACAACAAAGACAAAGAUACCAAAUAUAUCUGGAUUGGCUUGGACAUCAAAGGCAUGGAGAAAGCAUGGAGUUCAGUGGAAGAUCACAGAGUAAAAGAAAAGAGGACAGCUUUAAAAAGCAUCGAGGCUGACAAGAACUGUGCUGUUUACAGAAGAAAAAACGUGAUCCAGGCAGAUAACUGCCAGACCUUAAAGGAGUGGAUCUGUAAGAAGAAUGCAACUUUGCUGUUGCUCUGAGCGAAAUUUCCAGACAGCAGGCAGAGCUUCUUGUCAGAAGACCCAUUUUACAGACAAACCAACUUGUGAUGUAAAUAAUUUUCAUCAGACUGGCAGGGAAACUUGCACUUUGCUGGGCUGUUCUCCCUAAAGUCAGAAGACAGGUCCUGCAACAGGCCUGCAAGCUGGCACACAGGGAUUUUGGGGUGUUGAGCCUUCACACAGACAGAUUUUGGCAGCAGCUGCCUCAGGAAGGGUCAGAGGAGAAGAGAUACUUGUGAGGAGGA